AUGUUUAAACUAUCUUUAUAUUUAAUUUUACUUAUACUAUUUCCAUGUAUUUCUUGUGAUCUUAUUGAAUUAUCGGAUAUAAUUAUACGUGAACAUACACCGAUCGGUCAUCUAUUAGUAAAACUUAAUGCAUCAACACAACAACGACAUUCGUAUCGAUUUGUUAAUAAUAAUUAUCGUGACAUUCAACAAUAUUUUUCACUGAAUUCGAGCACAGGUGAAUUACAUAUUGCUAAUGACAUUGAUCGUGAAUUAAUUUGUACGCAUCGACAUAGCCAAUGUAGAUUUUUAUUAAAAAUUUUUGAAUUAUUUCACGAAAAACUUUAUCAUAUACCAAUUUUAAUUGAAGAUGUCAAUGAUCAUCACCCGACAUUUCCUUAUAGUUCAUCGGAAAUUGAAUUACAUAUAUCAGAAAAUUCGCCACCUUAUCAAUCGAAACUUUUCAUUCAACAAGCUUAUGAUCAAGAUCAAAUCGAUAAUGAAAAUCGAUUAAAAUAUAAAUUAAAAAAUUUCGAUGAAAAUUUUCCAUUUAUGCUCGAAAUUAAUGAUGAUUUAUCAAACCGUUUAGUUCUCAUACUUACCGAAGGACUUGACCGAGAAACAAUUGAUUCAUACAAUUGUACAUUAUAUGUCACUGAUACAGGUGGACAUCAUGCACAACUCCAGGUUAAAAUUAUUAUUGACGAUGUCAAUGAUCAAUCGCCCAUUUUUGAGAGAGAUAUUUAUUCUAUUGAACUAUCGGAACAUACGUCAAUAAAUACGAUAAUUCUUCAAGUUCGUGCCUAUGAUGGCGAUAUAGGUUUAAAUGGACAAAUUACCUAUAAAUUUACUGACGCAUCAAAACAAUACGAUAAUCUAUUUUCAAUCAAUAAUGAAACAGGUUUUAUUCGACUCCGUUCGUUACUUGAUUAUGAACAACGAACAUCCUACGUGUUUUAUAUUGAAGCUCAUGAUUCCGGAAAAGAAAUUCGUUCAUCACAAACACUCAUCAACAUAACGAUAUUAGAUGAAAAUGAUUGCUAUCCAAUAAUAAAUUUUCGUUUUCUACCCGAAAUGAACUCCAAUCAAUCCGAUGAUCUUAUUGAAAUCUCUGAAAAUUAUUCGAUAGAUAAAUUUUUUGUAAAAGUUUUCAUUACCGAUCAAGAUAGUUCACACAGUGGACGCAUGAAAUUAUGGUUUGAAAUUCUUGAUAGUUACAAUAAACAUUUUCAAGAAUUUAAUAUAUUUCAAAUAGAUGAUUUAACAUACUAUCUUAAUUGCACAAAAUCUUUUGAUUAUGAAUAUCAACAAUGGUAUCGUUUGACAUUUUUUGCCGAAGAUAUUAAUUUAAAUAAAACGUUACAAACAAAUAGAACUUUAACAAUUCAUAUACUCGAUGAAAAUGAUAAUAUUCCACAAUUUCUACAACCGUUUUAUCAUUUAUCAAUCUAUGAAAAUAAUCAAGCUGAUAUAAUCUUAACUAAAAUUGAAACAUUCGAUCACGACGAUGGCGAUAAUGGCCGUUUAACCUAUGAAAUAGUAACCAACGAAAGUUCAUUUCCAUUUUCAAUCGAUUCAACGACAGGUAUUCUUCGUUGUACGGAAUCAUUUGAUCGUGAAAAACGAUCGGAAUAUAAAUUCGAAAUACUUGUUCGUGAUUAUGGUUCUCCGAUGAGUUUAUCGUCGAAAGUUUCGAUUAAAAUUGAUAUUAAAGAUGUCAACGAUAAUAAACCAGUGUUUGAAUAUGAUAAAUAUGAAUUUUCUAUAGACGAAAAUUUUCCACAAUUGAAAUCCUUUGGUCUUAUACGUGCCUAUGACAAUGAUUUAAAUACAAAUUUUAUUUAUUAUAUUGAAGAUGAAGAUAAAUUUAUAAUAAAUCAAUAUGGUGAAAUUUUUCUACAAAGUUCUAUUGAUCGAGAAAUUCAAGAUAAAUAUCAAUUUAUUGUUACAGUUUCUGAUAAUUAUUUUCAAACAUCUGUACCAGUUUUUAUUCAUCUAUUAGAUAUUAACGAUUGUCAACCACAAUGGACAAAUCCUUUUAAAAAUCACACAAAAUUAUUUAUCAAUCGAGAUGUUAUUACGAUUGGCACAAUGAUUAUUAAAUUGAAAGCUGUUGAUCAAGAUGAUGUCACCAAUGGAAACGGCUUAGUUCGAUAUUUUAUGAAUGAAAAUUAUAGUUUUUUAAGUUUACUCAAUAGUGGAGAGUUAAUAUUAAAUAGUUCACCUCGAGUUGGCCAUUAUUUAUUAAAUAUAGCAGCAGAAGAUAGUGGAAAAUUAAUUCAAUAUUCAUCGUCGAUCGAUAUUGAGUUAUUUGUUGGAGAUAAUUAUACGAACACAAGUCAAUUUUAUGAUAGAUUUUAUAAAAUCAAUUCAUUAUCAACUACAAAACGUGUGAUAUUAUUGGCGACAUUUUUUCUAUCGAUUAUUUUUAUUCUUACAUUUACUAUUUGUAUUGUAUCAAUUAUGGUAUGUCGAUAUCGAAAACAGAAGUAUCUAUAUUAUGUUCAAUAUAAUAAAAAUCAAGUAAAUAACACAAAAUUAGCUACUGUGCACAAUCAUCUUACAGAUUCAAGUUCAGAUUCUUCAAAAUUAAGUUUGGAGGAUGUUCAUGGAAAACAUCUUAUCGAUCAUUCAUCGUCGCCAUCCAUCACAGGUGCAAAUAUGUAUACUCACCAUCAUCAAAUAAUAAAGCCGACACACGCAACAAGUGAUUAUUAUAGUAAUAGUAGCAAACAUGAUGAAGAUACGGACGAAUUGACUGAUGAACAACCGCCAACGUUCUUGAAUAAUGCUGAAUGGUCAAUUGAAAAAAUUCUCUAUCCUGACUGGCUAUACAAUGAUGCACUAAUGGACUCCAAAAGACAUUGGAAUACAUCAACGUUCGCUCAUUCAAAUUCUUUUCAAGCAUUAGAAAAAAAUGAAAGCGUAAGAAGCAGAUCGACUAUGGAAAAACGUACGAUAUCAACGAACAGUUCACCAUCACCAAAACAAGUUCGGUUUGGUUCUCAAAGACAACUACGUACAUAUCCACAUUUAAGUACGACUGUUCAACAGUUAAGAACACGAACUGCAACAACAACUAUUUCAGAUAAUGAUAUUCACAAUUCAUUUAUCUAA